UUGGGUGAAAGUGUUCGACAACACAGUCCGCUCAUGCGCGCAGCCUAUUCGUAUGCAGAAUAGACGAAUCAGAAUAUCAACUGCUCCCAAAACGGCUUCGUCGACAUAAGUAAAUUUUAUUUUUGAACAUUUUUCUACUCGGUGGCAUGUAGAAGGAAAGAUGAUCGGAAAGAUCGAAAGUGGGGGAGAAACGGGGAACGGGGAAGAGUCGGCGGUGAGAGGGAUGGCUCCGGCGGGCGCCCGUCUGCGCCAAUUGGCGGCGGUCGCCGUUGACGCCGUCUCUCCGGACCAGCUGGUGCAGCGGACGCUGCGGCGGACCGGCGACCGACUCACCGUGACCGGACGCCAGUACGAGCUCAACCACAACGUCUACCUGGUGGGCGCCGGCAAGGCGGUGCUGGCCAUGGCUCGUGCCGCCGAGGAGGCGCUGCGCCCGCACCUGGUGCGCGGCGUGCUGAGCGUGCCGGCCGGCGGGCCGCCGCCGCCGCCGCCGCCGGCUCUGGUCGAGGUCCACCGGGGCGCCGUGGACAACCUGCCGGACGCGGCCGCCGAGCGCGCAGCCGGCCGGAUCGCCGAGCUGGCGGCCGGCCUGCGCGAGUCGGACCUGCUGCUCGUGCUGGUCUCCGGCGGCGGCUCGGCGCUGCUGCCGGCGCCCCGGCCGCCGCUCACCCUGGCCGACAAGGCGCGGCUGACGCGCGAGCUGGCUGCGCGCGGCGCCUCCAUCCAGGAGCUGAACGCCGUGCGGCGCGCGCUCUCGCUGCUCAAGGGCGGCGGCCUGGCGCGCCUGGCGGCGCCGGCCAGUUGUCUGGCGCUGAUCCUCUCUGACGUCAUCGGCGACCCGCUGGAGCUGAUCGCCAGCGGUCCGACGGUGGCCGGCAGCGGCGCGGAGCCGGCGUCCGCCGCCGCCGCCGCUGCCGUGCUCGGCCGCCACCGGCUGCUGGACGAGCCCGGCGUGCGAGAGGCGCUGGCCGCAGCCGCCGCCGACUGGGAGCGGCCGCCCGCCGCCGCCGACGGCCGCGUCCACAACGUGCUGGUCGGCUCCAACCGGCUGGCGCUGGAGGCGAUGCGCGCGGCUGCGGCCGCCGACCACCGCGCCGAGCUGCUGUCGGCCGAGGUGCGCGGCGAUUGCGGCGCGGUGGCCGGCCUGCUGGCCCGGCUGGCGGCGCGGCUGGCCUCGGGCCGGCCAGUGCAGCUGCCGGCGGACCUGGCAGCCGACCUGGCCGCGGCCGGGAUCCCGCCGGAGGCCGUGUCCGCCCUGCGGCCGCCGCAGCCCGGCCGGCCGCUCUGCCUGCUGCUCGGCGGCGAGACGACGGUGACAGUGACGGGCGCCGGCCGCGGCGGCAGGAACCAGCAGCUGGCGCUGGCGUUCGCCGCGGAGCUGGAGCGGCUGUGGACGGCGCAGGCGCCCGGCCGGCCGCCGGCGCCCGUGGCGCUGCUCUGUUUCGGCACGGACGGCGCUGACGGGCCGACGGACGCGGCCGGCGCCGUGGUGGACGGCGCCACGGCGGCCGCCGCGCGCGCCCAGCAACUCGAGCCGCAGCACUACCUGGCCGAUAACGACUCGUACGGGUUCUUCGCGCGGUUCGACGGCGGCUCGCACCACGUGCUGACCGGGCCGACGGGCACCAACGUGAUGGACGUGAUGGCGCUGGUGGUGGAGGCCCAGGGACCCGGCCCGGCCAGCAGCCUCUGAGGUGGCGCUGGCCGGGACGCGGCACACGCCGGCGUGAGAACCGCUGGCUGGCGAUCAGCUACUGGCUAGAAUAAGAAAUGGUUAACUAGUACGACUGGUAGUGAUUCUGAAUCGAAUUCAUUGCGUGAAUUUUACGGGACAGUGAUAUGAAGUGCAAUCAGGUGCA